AGAGAGCAAUAUGAUACGAUUCGAACGUCGAAUGUUCGAUUCAUUCAAAAUGUCAGUCGAAAUUGAAAAGUAAUUAAAUUUUGCAUGAUCUGGGAUACCGUGAGUUGAUAAAAUCGAGAAGUUUUUAACUAAAAGUAUUUGUGGUUAUAUUUCACAAAAACAACAGCAACGGAACGAAUUGAAGCUCGAGUUUUUAAGAUAAACGAUGCAAUGGAUUUAAUGCUAGACAGAAUGAUAUAUUUUCACUUGCUUCUGUUGCCUCUCGCGAAAUGUUUGGAAAAAGUGAAAUUUCAAUCAGGCGAAGAAGCUGAUUGGUCUAACUGGGGACAAUGGACGACUUGCUCAAAGUUAAAGUAUUGCAACAGUGGUACAGCGUACAGACAAAGGACCUGCUUACGUAGCAAUCGCUUUUGUGUGGGUAUCUAUAUGGAAAGUCAAGAUUGCCCAAAAGAAAACUGCGAAGAUCCGACACAAAAGAUAUUUUCUGACGUAGCCGAAGCAUCUUCUUCGUCGUUUAUUUCUCAAGAAUGCGAUGUAGAUAUCAAAUUUUCAUUCUCUGGCACCCACGCAAAGUUAGUGCCAAACACUGUAAAAAACUAUAUGGGAAAGUAUGUAAGGAAGUUUGACCACGGCUAUUUUAAUGUGAAAAAAUUGAAGGGAAAUCCUAAUAAAGACUUGCGCAAUAUGACAAAGUAUUGUUUUGAGCCAUACCAUAUGACUUUAAAAGAAGCAAAGGAGAUAUUUAGGUUUAACAGAACUACUAAGUCCUCUUUAAACUACGAGCUUGAGGACACGGGAAAUCCGAUGAUAGCUGGGAUUUCUAUAAUUAUGAGCGACAAUGGUCACGCACUGGAAGGGAUAUAUUUUGCAUUGAAAUCAUCUACGGUUGGCUAUAGGAAUGUGUUUUAUCGACGAUGGAGAGGCCAAGGAUUUACAGAGGCGUUAUAGUAAACAUUCUUGCCAUGACUUCGCGCGGUCGAAUAAAAAUAUUAUGUAGCUAGUGUAAACUAUGCUUUAUGAUUUAUGAUGUCGUGAUAAGACUUCAGAUGUUUAAGAGCCUCACAUUUGUAUCAAAGCUUAAGAAUGGAUCAUUGAAAUUAUUAGUUGAAAA